GCUGAGUCGUGAGGGAUUGAGCAGCACUGCUCUCCUCACUCCCAACUCUCAAUUAUUCAGCCUUACCAGAUCCUCAACCCAGCGAUUACGAGCCUAUUCUGUCAUGCACUGUCACAUGCUGGUGCCGAGGGAACAUUAAUCACCAUGAAAGCCACUUUCGUUCAUGCAUUGAAUAGGCCUUUGGCAGUUUAUGAUGUGACGGUGAGCUUGUAAGGUGGCACCAUGGCUGCGAUGAUACCACCAGUAAAACUAAAAUGGUUGGAGCACCUCAACAGCUCCUGGAUCGCUGAGGACAGCGAGUCCAUCUCCACCCGUGAAGGCGUCGCUCUGCUGUAUGGCAAGAUGCUGGCCAAUAAGGAGGUGGUUCUUCUCCCUCAGCAGGUCCUAUGUCUGAAGGGCCCUCAGCUGCCGGACUUUGAGCGAGAGUGUCUGUCCAGUGAUGAACAGGAGCAUUAUCUUGAUGCGCUGCUGGCCAGUCAGCUUGCUCUGGCCAAGACGGUGUGCUCAGAUUCACCCUUUGCCACUGCCCUACGCAAACGUCUGCUAGUGCUGCAGCGGGUUUUUUAUGCACUCUCCAACAAAUACCAUGACAAGGGCAAGGUCAAACAGCAGCAGCACUCGACCGAAAACACUCUGGGUUCUGCGGACUUGCAAGCAGUUAGCGAGCGGCCGCGCUCUAGUACAGACGCCCUCAUUGAGAUGGGCGUGCGAACGGGUCUUAGUUUGCUCUUUGCUUUGCUCAGGCAGAGCUGGACGCUUCCUCCAGCCGGUCCAGGGAUCAACCUCUGCAAUGAUGUCAUCACCACAGCCAUCGAAGUGGUGGGCUCCCUUCCGCCGCUCUCCUUGGCCAAUGAAAGCAAGAUUCCACCAAUGGGUUUGGACUGCCUGGCCCAGGUCACCACGUUCCUGAAAGGAGUCACCAUGCGCAACUCGGGGGCCGAUGUGGUGGGGAGGAGGCUGGCGUGUGAGCUGCUGCUGGGAUUGGCAGCGCAACGAGGGUCCCUGCGCUACCUGCUGGAGUGGGUUGAGAUGGCCCUGGCUGCAUCGGCCGGUGUCAGCAACCUGGAGCAGAGCCAGGAGGGGCUGAUGGGAUACGACUGCUUCAUGAACAUUCUGAUGCAGAUGAGGCGUUCACUGGGUUCGUCUGCUGAUCGUAGCCAAUGGAGAGAGCCGACCCGCACACCUGAUGGUCUCUGUUCCCUAUACGAGGCUGCACUUUGUCUGUUUGAGGAGGUGUGUCGCAUGGCUUCAGACUACUCAAGAACUUGUGCGAGUCCAGACAGUAUCCUGGCAGGUGAGGCAGCCAUGGUAUCUGAGACCUGUGAGGUCUAUGUGUGGGGCAGCAACAGCAGCCACCAGCUUGUAGAGGGCACUCAAGAGAAAAUCCUCCAGCCCAAACUCGCUCCCAGCUUCAGUGAUGCACAAACGAUUGAAGCUGGCCAGUACUGCACAUUUGUCAUCUCCUCUGAUGGUUCAGUCCGAGCGUGUGGGAAGGGCAGCUAUGGGCGCCUGGGACUGGGUGACUCAAACAACCAGUCCACUCUUAAGAAGCUGACCUUUGAACCUCACCGUGCCAUUAAGAAAGUUUCAUCAUCCAAAGGCUCAGACGGCCACACAUUAGCCUUCACUAGCGAGGGAGAGGUGUUCAGCUGGGGUGAUGGAGACUAUGGCAAACUGGGUCAUGGCAACAGCUCUACCCAGAAAUACCCCAAACUAAUACAGGGCCCUCUACAAGGAAAGGUGGUGGUUUGUGUUUCAGCAGGGUAUAGACACAGCGCUGCAGUCAGUGAGGAUGGAGAGCUCUACACCUGGGGAGAGGGUGACUUUGGUAGAUUAGGUCAUGGCGACAGUAACAGUAGGAACAUUCCCACGCUAGUGAAAGACAUCAGUAAUGUGGGUGAGGUGUCCUGUGGAAGCUCCCACACCAUUGCGCUGUCUAAAGAUGGACGUACGGUCUGGUCCUUUGGAGGUGGAGACAAUGGGAAACUGGGUCAUGGUGAUACCAAUCGUGUGUACAAACCCAAAGUGGUGGAGGCGCUCCAGGGAAUGUUCAUACGCAAAGUUUGUGCUGGCAGCCAGUCAUCUCUUGCCCUCACCUCUACUGGUCAGGUUUACGCUUGGGGCUGUGGUGCUUGUCUUGGCUGUGGUUCAUCGGAGGCCACUGCGCUAAGGCCAAAAUUGAUUGAGGAACUUGCCACAACCAGAGUGGUAGACAUCUCCAUAGGAGACAGCCACUGCCUUGCUUUAUCACAUGACAAUGAAGUGUAUGCCUGGGGGAAUAACUCCAUGGGUCAGUGUGGUCAAGGGAAUUCCACUGGCCCAAUCACCAAACCCAAGAAGGUGAUUGGUUUAGAUGGAGUGGCCAUUCAGCAGAUCUCUGCUGGCACCUCCCACAGCCUGGCAUGGACUGCCCUCCCAAGAGACAGGCAGGUGGUAGCCUGGCAUAGGCCAUACUGUGUGGACCUAGAAGAAAGCACCUUCUCUCACCUGCGCUCAUUUCUGGAACGAUACUGUGACGGUAUCAACAACGAGAUCCCACCACUACCUUUCCCAUCUUCCAAGGAGCAUCAUAACUUCUUGAAACUAUGUCUACGGCUCUUGUCCAAUCACCUGGCUCUAGCGCUGGCGGGUGGCGUGGCCACCAGCAUCUUGGGAUGGCAAGCGCGGCCACUUCGCAAUCUGCUUUUCAGACUGAUGGAUGCGUCAGUACCGGAUGAAAUCCAGGAGGCUGUCAUCGAGACUCUGUCCGUGGGAGCAACGAUGCUGCUGCCUCCUCUGAGAGAGAGAAUGGAGCUACUGCACUCACUCCUUCCUCAAGGACCAGACCGCUGGGAGAGCCUCUCUAAAGGACAGAGGAUGCAGCUGGACAUAAUCCUCACUAGUCUGCAGGAUCACACCCAUGUGGCAUCUCUGCUGGGGUACAGCAGUCCUGCAGAUUCCUCUGAGCCUCCCACUCUACCCUCCGACUCUACGCAUGUGCCUGGCACUUAUUCUGAUACACAUCCUGACACACACUUGGCAGAGAUCCUCAUGAAAACUCUACUCAGGAACCUGGGCUUUUAUACGGACCAAGCUUUUGGAGAACUGGAGAAGAACAGUGAUAAGAUCUUGCAGGGAACGUCUUCGUCUGAUAGCAGCCAACCAGCUCACCUCCAUGAACUGCUCUGCUCUUUACAGAAGCAGCUACUGGCCUAUUGCCAUAUCAGCUGUGUUACAGAGGGCUCCAGUAGUGUGGCCCUCUUCUACAAACACCUGCAGUUAUUAUUGCCUCAUGCCACAGAUAUCUAUAAUCGCUCCGCAACUCUUCUGAGAGAAAGCUCUGGAAAUGGCAGCGUGCGUGAGAAGCUACGAGAUGUGAUCUACAUGUCUGCAGCGGGAAGUAUGCUGUGUCAGAUUGUGACGUCCUUGCUGUUGCUGCCUGUUUGGGUGGCACGGCCAUUGCUCAGUUACCUCUUAGACCUGCUUCCCCCUCUGGACCGUCUCAACAGACUUCUGCCUGCCGCCACACCUCUGGAGGAACAGGAGCUGCAGUGGCCACUACAUGGCACUCCAGAUCUGGUUGAUCCAGUAUGUGUGUCAGGACCAGCACAGUGCUGGGUGUGGUUGGUGGAUCUGGAGCGAACUGUAGCACUGCUUGUGGGACGUUGUCUCGGAGGAAUGCUGCAGGGAGCCCCGCCCUCACCAGAGGAACAGCACACUACCCAUUGGCUCAAAACACCGCUUUUUAGUAACGGCUUGCAGACUGAUAUACCCCAGCUUGAUGUGUGUAUUAGCUCUCUGCUGGAGAUGGCUCUGUGUGGAAAUGAGGAGCAAAGACCAUUUGACUGUCAGUUGGGUGCUGACAUGAGUGUGCUGGUUGAUUUGUCCCUUGGAUCAACUAAAGAGCCCACACACAGCUUGUGGACAAACAUGCAGGACUAUGCCAUCAGCAAGGAUUGGGACAGUGCAUCAUUGCCGAAUGAGGCUCUGUUAGACACAGUGUCCCGCUUUGUGCUUGCUGUCCUGCUGAAACACACAGGGCUGCUGGGACAGGCGUGUGGAGAGGGGAGAUACCAGCCAUGUAAACUCUUGGCAGAGGUGUAUCGCAGUGUGUAUAAGGUGCGGAAUCGCCUCUUGGCUUGUAAGAACAUGGAGCUCAUCCAGACCCGUUCGUCAUCACGAGAACGCAGAAUCUCUGAUAAUGUGGACUCUGUGGAGAUGGAUCCACAGGAACACUCUUUCACCCGAACUAUAGACGAGGAGGCUGAGCUGGAGGAGAGAGACAGAGAGAGAGAAAGAGAAGAGGGUCAUCAGGAGCAGGAAGAUGAUGAGGAGGAAAGAGAGCAUGAGGUCAUGACCGCAGGAAAAAUCUUUCAAUGUUUCCUAUCAGCACGGGAAGCAGCGCGAGGAAGGGACCGAGAUCGAACCGGAAGCAUGAGCGUACAGGAAGAGCCGGCUCAGCCCGGUCCGGAGCACAGGAGCAGCACGACCCCUCAGGAGGGACAGGAUCUUUAUACCACCGCAUGCAAUGCUGUCAUCCACCGCUGUGCCAUGCUCCUGCUGGCCGUCAGCACACCGCUCGCCCAGCAUAUAAAUCAGCAACCCCUGACAGGUGGGGUCAACCAGGACGGAGGCGGGUUUAUGACGAGGAGUGAGAGCCUGUCGGCAGAGAGUCGGUCCAUCCAGAGCAGUCCCAACUACAGACUCACAAAAUCCAGGAGUGAGUCUGAUCUCUCCCAGCCAGAGUCUGAUGAGGAGGGAUACUCACUGAAUGUGAGGAGGAAUGUGGAUCUGGAUUUAGCUUUCACUCCUAAAAAAAGAGGCUUUCUGUACAGUUCUCCAGACUCUUCUGCUGACUGGUUUGGAGGACGCUCGGCUCGCGAGUGUUUGUACAGCUCUCCACAGUCCUACGAGGAGUCAGAUCUUGAUCUGAGCCAUUCAUUCAGGCUCCAUGCACUCAUCGAGAACAUAGUGAACUUCAUCAGUGGAGAUGUUGGGAAUGCUCCUGUGUUUAAGGAACCAGAAGAGAGUGUGUCCACCAGCCCACAGGCAAUUAUUAUAGCCAUGGAGCAGCAACAGAGUCGAGCAGAGUUGCGUCUGGAGGCCCUUCACCAGAUUGUGGUGUUGAUUUCUGGGAUGGAGGAGAAAAGCAGUCAGGCAGGCUCUGGAGGUGGAGCUGGACGCACAGGCUUCAGUUUUCACUCUGCCUCUCUGCUAACAUCAGUCAGACUGCAGUUCCUGUCGGGAUGUUUUGGCCUUGGUGCUGUCAGCUAUGGGGGGCCAAAAGGGGAGAGUGUCCAACUGCACCAUUACCAGGAUGGAGUCAGAGCAGCCAAGAAAAGUUUACAGAUGGACAUUCAGACAGCUGUUCAUAAGAUUUAUCAGCAGCUGUCAGUCACAUUAGAGAGAGCCCUGCAAGCAAACAAGCACCACAUAGAGGCCCAGCAGAGGCUGCUGUUGGUGACGGUCUUUGCUCUAAGUGUGCGAUACCAACCUGUCGAUGUAUCAUUAGCCAUCUCCAGCGGUCUCUUGGAUGUUCUCUCUCAGCUUUGUGGAACGGAAACCCUGCUUGGACAGACACUGCAACUCCUGCACAAACCUGCAGGCUCUCAGCUCAACACUGCCCUCAAAGUGGCCAGCACCAGACUGCUACAGAUACUAGCCAUCAGCACCGGGACAUAUGCAGACAGGUUGAGUCCUAAGGUGGUCCAGGCUCUGCUGGAUCUUCUGUGCAGUCAGCUGAAGACUCUGCUGGCUCAGGCUGCUGGAAGCACGCUCAGUGCAAGUACAGAACUGCAGGAGAAGCCUGACGACUGCGCAGAUGCUCAGAAAAAAGAUUUUCGAGCAUUGUUACGUAAGAGACACACAGCAGAGCUACACCUCGGUGACUUCUUGGUGUUUCUGCGGCGAGUCGUCUCUUCCAAAGCCAUUCAGUCCAAGAUGGCCUCUCCUAAAUGGACUGAAGUCCUUCUCAGCAUUGCUGCUCAGAAAUGCUGUUCAGGCAUUCCGUUGGUUGGUAAUUUGAGGACACGGCUGUUAGCCCUGCAUGUUUUGGAAGCUGUGCUUCCUGCCUGUGAGAGCAGCGUGGAGGACCAUCAGAUGACCCAGGUGGUGGAGAGGUUGUUCUCACUGCUCUCGGAUUGUAUGUGGGAGGCACCUGUUGCUCAAGCCAAACACACCAUCCAGCUGAAAGAGAGAGAGCAGGAACUCAAACUACAGGGUGAAUCAGAGGAGGAAGAAGAAAAUUUGCCUAUCCAGGAAGUAACCUUUGACCCUGAGAAGGCACAGUGCUGUGUGGUGGAAAGCGGACAGGGAUUGACACAUGGCAGUGGAGGCAAAGGUUAUGGCCUGGCCUCCACUGGCAUUUCCUCUGGCUGUUAUCAGUGGAAGUUCUAUAUCGUGAAGGAGAAUCGUGGAAAUGAGGGAACGUGUGUAGGUGUGUCCCGCUGGCCUGUGCAUGAUUUCAACCACCGCACAACAGCCGACAUGUGGCUCUACCGCGCAUACAGCGGCAACCUCUACCAUAAUGGAGAGCAGACCCUUACGCUGUCCAGCUACACACAAGGAGACUACAUCACCUGUGUGCUGGACAUGGAGGCCAGGACUGUGUCCUUUGGCAAGAACGGAGAGGAACCCAAACUGGCCUUUGAGGAUGUCGAUGCUACAGAGCUGUACCCUUGUGUUAUGUUCUACAGCAGUAACCCCGGGGAGAAGGUAAAAAUCUGUGACAUGCAGAUGAGGGGCACACCACGUGACCUGUUACCUGGUGACCCAAUCUGCAGCCCUGUGGCCACUGUCCUGGCGGAAGCCACCACCCAGCUGGUCCGUAUCUUACACCGUUCAGAGCGCUGGACCCAAACUAUCAACCGCAGCAUCCUCCAGCGCCUCCAGCAGAUCAGGGGCUGCCUGCGAGAAGGUGCUCCUCCAGUAGGGGCCACCAGACUGCGCAAGAGCCUCUCAGCACAGAGCAGAGAGGAGCAGGACGAGAAGGAGGAAGAGCGAGAGGAGGAGAGAGGAAGAAGUGGACGGCACGCGGCGGCCGAGCUGUCGGAGGUGCACCUGCGGAUGCUGUGCCACCAGGUGUGGCCAGUGUUAGCUGUGAUAGGGGGAGUAGAUGGUGGGUUAAGGAUGGGGGGACGGUGUGUGCACAAGCAGACGGGGAGACACGCCACUCUGCUGGGUGUGGUGAAGGAGGGGAGCACAUCAGCUAAGGUGCAAUGGGAUGAGGCGGAGAUUACCAUCAGCUUCCCCACUUUUUGGUCGCCCAGUGACACACCGUUGUACAACUUGGAGCCAAUCGAGCCUCUUCCCUUCGACGUUUCACGUUUCCGCGGACUCACUGCGGCUCUGCUGCUGGACCUCACCGCCCUCGCAAGCCUGCAGGACGACGGCUCCAAAUCUGCCUCCGGUCGGCGACACGAGAGAAGACAUCGCCACGAACCCCAGGAAGAACGGGAGAAUGAGUCGCGCACCAAACCGAAAGAGGGGACGGGAGACCUGCGUGUAUCUCACAGCUUGGAUGAGGUUCGAGCUCGAGCUCCGCCCAACUCUCGCUCCGAGAGCGAGCUCGCUGCCUACACACAGGAUGCCACACAGCAGACUCCAGCGGAGGGACGGCGCAGGCUGCAGGAGAUGGUGGGGAUGCGCUCACAGGAGGCGGCUGCGCAGAUGGAGGUGCAUGCGGUGCAGUUGUCGUAUCUGUAUCUGGGAGCGAUGAAGACCCUGAGCAUACUUCUGAGCUGCAGUAAAUACGCUGAGCUGCUGCUGAUCCCCAAAGUCACGCCUGACAGCGGUCAUAAUGCGGAUUGUGCCAGCCCUGGGGUGAGCGUGUGUCAGGAGGAGGCGGAGCUGCGAUCGUCUCUUCAGUUUCUGAUGCGACACAUGGUGAAGCGGGCGGUGAUGAGGUCGCCCAUUAAAAGGGCACUUGGGCUGGCAGACCUAGAGCGGGCACAAGCUAUGAUCUACAAACUGGUGGUCAAUAGCCUACUUGAAGAACAGGAAGGCCACAGUUCUAAACCAGUGGACACAGAAUGUGAGGAGUUAGAGGGAGACCAACGGUUUCAAACUCCAGUCACCACCUCCCCAUCAGCCUCCAGCAGCACCUCCUUCAUGAGCUCCUCGCUGGAGGACACCACCACAGCAACCACACCUGUUACCACAGCCACCACACCUGUUACAGACGCAGAGACGGCACCAGCUUCUGAAUCACCUGGAGUAAUGCCCCUCAGCCUGCUCAGGCAGAUGUUCUCCAGCUACCCAACAACCACCCUUCUGCCAGCACGUAGAGCUCAGACCCCUCCCGUCUCAUCGCUGCCCACCUCACCAUCAGACGAGCACGGCCGGAGACAGAGCCUCACGUCACCUGAGUCCCAGCCUGCCAGAACCAGCAGGACAGCAUUAUCAGACCCUAGCAGUCGUCUUUCCACAUCUCCACCUCCUCCUGCCAUCGCAGUUCCACUGUUGGAAAUGGGUUUCUCACUCAGACAGAUCAUGAAAGCUUUGGAAGCAACAGGUGCACGUGGUGAGGCAGAUGCUCAGAACAUCACUGUGCUUGCGAUGUGGAUGAUCGACCACCCAGGCACGGCAGACUCUGAUGAGGCUUCAGACCCCUGCUCCGGUGCGGCAGGAGGGGGUAAGAGCACAGAGAGGAGCUAUCUGCGCUCACCGGUUGACAUCCCCAAUGCUGAUGCUGCAGAGAUGGAGGAGGGAUUCAGUGAGAGUCCUGAAGGUCUUGAUCAAGAUUUGGGCUCUUCCUCUGCCGGCCCCACUCCCAGAGGAUGCUCUGCAGCCAACAGGAAACACCGCUUUGACCUGGCUGCACGCACAUUAUUAGCUCGUGCAGCUGGACUGUACCGCUCAGUGCAGGCACAUCGAACUCAAGCACGUCGAGAAGGUUCUGGACUGCAGCAGGAGCCUGGGCCGCUCGGGGCGCUGUAUGACUUCAAUCUGGAUGAAGAGUUGGAGCUCGAAUUGGAUCAGGAAGCCAUGGAGGCCAUGUUCACCCAGGAGCUUGCAUCCGAUUCCGACAUUCUGGGAAUGUGGAUCCCGGAGGUACUGGACUGGCCAACAUGGCAUGUGUGUGAGACGGAGGACCGUGAUGAGGUGGUGGUGUGUGAGCUGUGUGGGGUCAGCGUGUCCAGCUUCAACCAGCACAUGAAGAAGAGUCACCCGGGCUGUGGUCGCAGUGCCAAUCGCCAGGGUUACCGCAGCAAUGGCUCGUAUGUUGACGGCUGGUUUGGAGGGGAGUGUGGAAGUGGAAAUCCCUAUUAUUUGCUCUGUGGCAGCUGCAGAGAGAAAUACCUUAACAUGAAGAGCAAGAUCAAAGGACCACUGCCUGAGAGUGAACCAACUAUGGCUAAAAGCAGCCUAAUGUUAGUACUGCAGACGUCUGCUGAUUGCCUGGUGGCUCUGAAAAGAGUCACUGCAGCUGCACAAGUCCUGUUAGCCAGAACAAUGGUCAUGAGAGCGCUGUCCCUCCUGUCUGUUAGUGGCUCUAGUUGCAGUCUAGCAGCAGGAUUGGAGUCUCUGGGCUUGACAGACAUUAGGACCCUGGUGCGUCUGAUGUGUUUGGCUGCAGCAGGUAGAGCUGGACUUUCCACAGGCCUUACAUUAGGCCCUGGAUCCACUGAGCGCCCACGAGGGGCUAGCAAGCCAACCAAACCUAUUUCUUGUUUGGCGUACCUCAGUACCGCCGUUGGCUGUCUGGCAUCGAACAGCCCCAGCGCUGCCAAACUCCUGGUCCAGCUGUGCACUCAGAAUCUGAUAUCAGCUGCCACCGGGAUGAAUCUGACCACAGUAGAUGAUCCAAUCCAGAGGAAGUUCUUGCCCAGUUUCCUGAGGGGAGUGGCAGAAGAAAACAAACUGGUGACAUCGCCCAAUUUCGUGGUGACCCAGGCGCUGGUGGCACUACUUGCCGAUAAAGGUGCCAGGCUUCGACACGGCUACGACAAGGCUGAGCUGGAAAAAAGAGGCCCAUUGGAGCUGGCAAAUGCGCUGGCGGCAUGCUGCCUCUCAUCCCGGCUCUCGUCGCAGCACCGCCAAUGGGCAGCGCAGCAGCUGGUGCGCACACUGGCGGCUCACGACCGAGACAACCAGAGCCGCCCGCAGACCUUCGCUGAUGUGGCAGGAGACCUGCGGAAGUGGUCCACUUUCAGACUCGAGGCCCACCAGAGCAGGGUGAUCACAUGUGGGUGGUGUAGUAAAAAAGGCCUCCUGGCAACUAGUGGGAAUGAUGGGACGGUCCGCAUUUGGAACGUGACCAAAAACCUAUACACUCUGCAGCAGACAUGUGUCUUUAAUAAAGGAGAUGACACUUUGGACGAGUGCAUGGGUAAUCUGGGGUCUCCAGGCGAUCCAGACUUGGCUCCAGUGGUUUGGAGUGUCAGUGGGAAGUACUUGGCUGCUGUCGUGGACAAAAUAGUGAACAUUUGGCAAGUCAAUGGUGGGAAGGCCUUACUGGACCUGCAGCCUCAUUGGGUGUCAUCUUUAGCUUGGCCAGAAGAGGAGGCAGGGUCACUGUGGGGCGGGGAGCCUCGAGAGCUCCUGUUGGUGGGCCGCAUGGAUGGGACACUGGGACUUCUCGAGGUCCUUGAUGAUUCUGAUAUGCAGAGAACUGAACUCCAACACUGCUUCAGGAAAGACGUGGCUGUGAUGCAGAUCGCAUGGUACAGUGAGGAUCGUCCCUUUGCAGUUGGAUAUGCUGAUGGAAGGCUUCUGAUUGGCUCUAAGGAGCCUUCAGAGAAUGGAUCUGUGGUGGUUAUUGAUGCCCACAAGGAAAGCAUCAGUUCAUUGCGCUGGGCUCCUGGUGGGCAAGUGUUGCUAAGCUGUGCUAAAGAGGAGAUUGUGCGUUUAUGGGCGGGGUCGGGGACAGGUUUGGGUCAAAGCUGGACAUGUCUGCAAAGCAUCACCCAUCCUGCUGUUGUUAAUGCUGUUGCCUGGUGCAGCCUGGCCGGUCAGGGACCUAAACCUCUCAACAUGUUUGCCACAUGUUGUCAGAGUGGUCUGGUAUCUGUGUGGACUGUACCGCAGGACCCCUCAUCAUACUCGCAGUCCAGCACUGCCUGCCCUGUUGCCUGGUGGGAAUCAGAAUCCAAAUCCAAACUGAUGCUGGACCCCCAGCGGUGUGAAGGAGCAGUGUGUGUGUUCCAGCUGCAGGGUCAUUUGACUCCUGUGCGGACAGUAGCGUUCAGUCCAGAUGGACUUGCUCUUUUGUCUGGAGGGGUUGGCGGACUUUUGAACAUCUGGUCAUUGCGGGAUGGAUCAGUGCUGCAGACGGUAGUUGCUGGAUCCGGAGCGAUUCACAGCACAGUUUGGAUCCCUGACGUAGGUGUAGCUGUUUGCUCCAAUCGCUCAAAGGAUGUGCUGGUUGUUAAUAGCUCAGCAGAGUCCAUGGCAAACAAUCACGUGUCAGCAACUUGCCGCACGGCGCUAAAAAAGCAGGGCGUUGUGGGACUGAACAUGGCUCCAUGCAUGAGAGCCUUCUUGGAGAGACUUCCCAUCAUGCUUCAGGAGCAGUAUGCGUAUGAGAAGCCUCAUGUGGUGUGUGGAGAGCAGCUCGUCCACAGUCCUUACAUGCAGUGUUUGGCGUCUCUGGCAGUGGGUCUGCAGCUGGACGCUCUGCUGUGUCACCCUCCUGUCCCACCUCACCUGGCCCACUGCCCACCCGAGCCUGGCUCUUCCUCCACCCCCUCAUCUGGCUCCUGGGCCAACAGUGAGUGGGCGUGGCUUCACUGCUUCUCCACCACCGUCAAAACAGCUGAAGCCCUCGCACGUGGACACACCUUCCCCGAGUCCUUCAUCGUCCCGGACCUGGAGCCUGUGGCCAAAGAUAAACUGGCACUGCUUAUGGACAACAGCAAGUGGGUGUCUGGGAUGGAUGAGCAGAUCAUGUCAUGGGCCACUUCCAGACCAGAGGACUGGCACCUUGGAGGGAAGUGUGAUGUGUUUUUAUGGGGCACUGGCAGGCAUGGGCAGCUCGCCGAGGCCGGGCGAAACAUUCUGGUGCCAUCUCUUGCUCCCUCUUUUUCUCAGGCCCAACAGGUUGUUUGUGGGCAGAACUGCACAUUUGUGAUCCAGGCUAACGGAACAGUGUCUGCAUGUGGAGAGGGCAGUUACGGCCGCCUCGGACAAGGAAAUUCAGAUGAUCUGCACAUCCUCACUGUUAUAUCUGCUCUGCAAGGCUUUGUGGUGACCCAGCUAGUAACGUCCUGUGGGUCUGAUGGCCAUUCGAUGGCUCUAACUGAGAGCGGUGAGGUGUUCAGCUGGGGAGAUGGAGAUUAUGGAAAACUGGGCCACGGUAACAGUGACAGACAGCGCAGGCCGCGGCAGAUAGAGGCGCUGCAGGGAGAAGAAAUGGUGCAGAUGUCAUGUGGAUUUAAACACUCAGCAGUGGUGACUGCAGACGGAAAGCUCUUCUCCUUUGGUAAUGGAGAUUAUGGCAGACUGGGACUUGGAAACACCUCUAACAAAAAAUUACCUGAGAGAGUCAGUGCACUAGAGGGCCACCAGGUUGGCCAGGUUGCAUGUGGGCUGAAUCACACUUUGGCAGUAUCAGCUGAUGGAAUGACCGUCUGGGCGUUUGGAGAUGGAGACUAUGGCAAACUGGGACUGGGAAACUCUACAGCCAAAUCCUCCCCACAGAAAGUGGAUGUUUUGUGUGGAAUUGGAAUAAAGAAGGUGGCAUGUGGUACCCAGUUCUCUGUUGCUCUAACCAAAGAUGGAAACAUGUACACGUUUGGGCAGGAUCGCUUAAUCGGUCUGCCGGAGGGUCGAGCACGAAAUCAUAACCGGCCUCAGCAGGUUCCUGCUUUAAUGGCCGUGUUUAUCGAGGAUGUGGCUGUAGGGGCCGAACACACGCUUGCUCUCUCAUCAACUGGAGAUGUUUAUGCCUGGGGGAGCAACUCAGAGGGACAGCUGGGCUUGGGCCACACAAACCAUGUCAGAGAGCCAACCUUCAUCAGUGCUUUACAAGGCAAAAACAUCCAACAGAUAUCUGCAGGUCGCUGCCACAGCGCAGCAUGGUCUGCACUGCCUGUGCCGCCACGUGCUCCAGGUUCAUCAGUGCCUCUGCAGCUGGGCUUGCCCGUGAGUGUGCCUCCUCAGUACAGUGCCCUAAGAGAGGUCAGUAUGGAGGCUUUGAGAGCCCGACUGCGCCUGCUCUACCACUUCUCUGACCUCAUGUACUCCUCCUGGAGACUGCUGAACCUCAGCCCCAACAACCAGAGCUGCACGUCACGCUAUAACGCAGGUACAUGGGGUAUAGUCCAAGGUCAGCUGAGGCCCUUGCUGGCCCCUAGAGUUUACACACUGCCCAUGGUGCGCGCUAUCGGGAAAACCAUGGUGCAAGGGAAGAACUACGGCCCACAGAUCACAGUCAAGAGAAUCUCUACACGAGGAAGGAAGUGUAAGCCCAUAUUUGUGCAGAUCGCCAGGCAGGUUGUGAAAUUAAAUGCAUCUGAUCUGAGGCUGCCGUCACGAGCCUGGAAAGUCAAACUGGUGGGAGAGGGGGCAGAUGAUGCUGGAGGGGUGUUUGAUGACACAAUCACAGAGAUGUGCCAGGAGCUGGAGACAGGAGUGGUGGAUCUUCUCAUCCCUUCUCCCAACGCCGCAGCAGAGGUGGGCUACAACCGAGACAGGUUCUUGCUGAACCCCUCAGCCUGUCUGGAAGAGCACCUGCUGCAGUUCAAAUUCUUGGGUAUUCUGAUGGGAGUGGCCAUCCGCACUAAGAAGCCUCUAGACCUGCAUCUCGCUCCAAUGGUGUGGAAGCAGCUGUGCUGUAUUCCUCUCACCCUUGAAGAUCUGGAGGAGGUGGACCUGCUUUAUGUACAGACUCUCAACAGCAUCUUACACCUGGAGGACAGCGGCAUUACAGAGCAGAAUUUCCAUGAGAUGAUUCCACUGGACACAUUUGUUGGCCAAAGUGCUGAUGGGAAAAUGGUUCCCAUCAUCCCCGGAGGAAACAGCAUACCACUGACCUUUUCCAAUAGGAAGGAGUAUGUAGAGCAUGCCAUUGACUAUCGCCUGCAUGAAAUGGAUCGCCAGGUGGCGGCGGUGCGUGAGGGCAUGUCCUGGAUCGUGCCUGUUCCCUUGCUCUCCUUACUAACAGCGCGGCAGCUGGAGCAGAUGGUCUGCGGGCUGCCGGAGAUCAGUGUGGAGGUUCUGAAGAAGGUGGUCCGCUACAGGGAGGUGGACGAACAGCAACAGCUGAUGCAGUGGUUCUGGCAGACGCUGGAGGAGUUCUCCAAUGAGGAGAGAGUCCUCUUCAUGCGCUUCGUCUCGGGACGCUCCCGUCUGCCAGCUAACACUGCUGAUAUAUCCCAAAGAUUCCAGAUCAUGAAGGUGGACCGGCCGUACGAUAGUCUUCCCACCUCUCAGACGUGCUUCUUCCAGCUCCGCCUCCCACCUUACUCUAGCCAGUCGGUCAUGGCGGAGCGGCUGCGUUAUGCUAUUAAUAACUGCCGUUCUAUCGACAUGGACAACUACAUGCUCUCCCGCAAUGUGGACAACGCAGAGGGGUCGGACACAGAUUACUGACCCCCCUGCAUGCACACGUAUAAACAGUCUGUGUAGGACUCGGUUUAGUAUUCGCAGCAGGCUUUUAUGAUUUUUACCGAUGUUUUAACAUAUACAUCUUAAACACAUAAUGAAGUGUUUUUCUUUCUCUUUUGGUUUCUUAGCAAUUAAACUGAAUUUGGGAGGGCCGCACAAUCUGUUUACACACUCGCACAUGUGUUGAUGUAUAUUCCUUCUCUUUACUUUGAAGCGCAGUCUUUCUCCACUAUUCAUUCUUUUUUGGCUCUACCUUUUUUUUCAAGAUAUUCUGCAUGAAAGUGUUUUAUAAAAAAAAAAAAAAAUGUAUAGAAUGACAAAAAAAAAGGAAUUGUACAUUGUGUAUAAUGCUUCAUUAUGAGAUUGUUUUACAUGAGUAUCUGUAUUUAUUUGAAUUUUUUGAACCACCUACACCAGGUUUCUCAUGUCAGAUGCAAUAAAUGUUUGAAUCUGAAA